AUGAAAUUAUUUCUAGCCGUUCUCGUGAUCUCUGUUUCACUGUGCCUCGGCCGAAGCUUGAACAAAAACGAACAAAUGCUCACAAGGUACAGACGGCAGUUUCCAUUUGGUUUCGGUGCUCCGUUCGGUGAAGAGAUCAUAGAGAUACAGCAACCAUUGGGAUAUGGAGGAUAUGGAGGUUUUGGCGGAUUUGGAGGAUUUCGUCCCGGCUUCGGUCGCGAAGAGAUCAUCGAGCAGAUAUGGUGA